GUCAUUCCACGUAUCGUACUUGUAUUCGUGGGAAACACAUCUGGUCAAAGUCAUCCAUAUUUCCACCAAUGCUUAUCGGUUGUUAUUUUUACCACUCAAUGUCCUUCCUCAAACCACAAGACCAACCACAUUUUCAAAAGGAUUGCAGUAGGAUUGCGUAGGUUGCUGUCAAGAGACGCCGUGUUACUUCGAUUUCCUAACUGCAAGGCUUCGACUGAUGAUGGAGUUUUACCGCGGGGACGUCAAGAAUAACGCGGAAUUCUAAAACGUUAUUUUUGAAUGUGCCAUUGCCAAAAUGACUAGCAUACGGAGGAAAAGCGGAAAAUAUACACCGAUGAGCUCUGCAGUCAGCUGCUCUCGCCUGCGACAGCUCCAGGCCAUAUUGAAGGACGGCGGCAACAAUGCACCUGAUGCCAUUCUCUGCUCUUUAGGAAUUGAUAGCCGGUACAAUGAGGGCUGCACUGAGCUGGCCAACUACCUGUUCUUUGGCCUGUACCGGCACAACCAGCUGGACCUGGACCACAUCUCAGAUGACCUCGCAGAAGAGGUGCUGGACGAUGUGAUCCUGCUGAUUAAAGCCGAGAGCGUCCACCUGUACUGCAACCCAGAGAAUUAUGGGUACCUGCUGCCCUACGUGGACCACUGGAGGAACCUCCAUCUGCACUGCAUGACAGAGACGGAGUAUGAGGAUGAAGAGGCAGCGGAGGAGUUCAAGAUCUCCAGUUUUGUGUCCAUGGUGCAGGACUGCAGCCGCAUUGGGAUUCCCUACAGCUCCCAGGGUCACGUGCAGACAUUUGACAUGUUUAUGCUGGAGAAGUGGGCCAUCAUUCAGGCCUUUGCUCUGGAGGGAAUCGGCGCAGGAGGGUUUUUCACCAUGAAAUAUAAGCUAAUGGAUGUGAGUCAGAGGGUGUGGCAGACGUAUGCUAGACUGGACCCCGUGUCUCUGGACCGCCUCAUCACAGAGGACCUGGCCCUGUUUGAAAGGCAGUGGAGCAGCUUCUUCGCCAGUCUGAACAUUGAGACUCAGCUGUCCAUGCAGGAGCUGUCUGAAGCCGUGGCAGGAGAGGCAUUCCGCACUUACUUCUCCCAUGGGCUGAUUUCCAGCAAUAUCUCAGACAAAAGUAAAAGCUGGCAGCCCUUUGCUCUGUUUGGGAGCCACUCGUCCAUGGAGGAAAUUCAGAGCUACUGCUUCACCUUCCCCUCUGAGGGCCACCAGAUCCGCAACACCGGGUCGCACGGAGCCAGCUCCAAACACAUGGUUUUGCAGUGCGUGGCCCCGAAAGGGCCUCUGGCGUGUGCACGAACAUACUUCUUUGGAACCACCCAUGUUCCAUACCUUGGAAAUGAUAAUGUUCAGCAGAAAAGUACAGAACUCCUGCUGCUCUCUCAGAUCUACGCUGCAGCUGUUCAGGCCGUGCUGUCUGGCAUCAAGUGUUUCUCCUACAACUCCAGCAUCACUAAGGCAAAGGAUGUUGCAGGGCAGACUUUCCAGCGGAAUUUGGACUCCUUCGGUUUAACCCAGUAUAGGAAUGCUUUAAGAUCUAAGGCAGUGUUUAGCAUUCGGGCUGUGAAUAAUGAGGGCAGAGUGGUGCCCUUGAGUCAGCCAGAGAGCCGCUUCCUUCUUAAAACGGCCUCCAUGUCUGUGUAUGACAUCCCUGAUCUACAGCGAGCAGGAACUAAUCUGGGCUCCGUUAUCUUCUCUGAGUCCUUCCUGGAGUCCAGCAUUUACAUCCAGGACAAAGAGGGCGCCAUUUCCUCAGACAGCUGCUAUACCAUCCUCACUUCAUCAGUGCCGCGAUAUGUCUCCUGGCUGGUGGAGGACAGUGAUGUGAAACUCUCUGAGCAGGCCCAGCAGUUACUGAAAGCUGAAGAAGGCACAUGUCUGGGGACCCUGCUGGCUGUUGGAGACUCAGCCCAGGUGUUCUCCUCUAGUCCACUCUGCACACCUGAAGAAGGUAAACUGGUGUUUUUCUCAGAGGGGCUGCUGUUUGUCCACCCUCAGUAUGGUGCAGUCACUCUCUCCAAGAACCACAUCAAAGGCCUCAAGCUGUAUGACGGGGACUCUCUGUCAAAGGUGUCUGUACUGUACGUGGAGUAUGAGAGCUCUCUGCUCCCAUACCUCCCCUUCCAUCUGCAAAGCAAAGACCACUGCCUGGGACUGGCCUUACUACACAACACCAAGAGCUACAGAAGCCUCUACUCACAGGUCCUACAGGUGUGGCAUGGACCAGACUCAACCUUCUGCCUUCAGAUGGUGGACGCAGGUCAACUCAGUGAGGAGCAAAUGAACAUGUACUCAAGAUUGCAGAUAUUAAACGAGACUCCCAAUUCAUCUGCACUCAAACAGAGAGUAGUGCUUAAGACGGCGUACCCCGAUCUCCCUGAGCUUGAUAGGUUCCGGCAGCAUUUUGCCCUGUGCAGCAGUGUGUGCGACGAACCCGUGAACAUUGACCACUUGGAGGCGCUGUUCCCCAACACACACAUCAGUGCAAGUCUGCCUGAGAAAAAACACAAGGUGGUGGUGUCUGUGAUCACUGGGUUGCCAGGCAGCCAUACGGAGAGCUUGUGUGAUUUCCUCCUCAGCCUCAAUCAGGAGUCGAACAGGUGGGUGGUGUACCGCCCCUCUCCAGAUACGAUUGGCUUCAGCGCAUGUCACUUGCAGCAGUUCCUCAGCAAAGCAGUGGAGAACCAGAAGCAGAAAGAACAGAGAGUUCUGCUGAUUACACCAGGGAACACAGACGUGCUGGAGGUGGUGCAGUGUGUUGUGUCUCAUCCAGACCCUGUGGUGAGGUCAAGUGUAAGGGUUGGGGCAGUGACUGCCUGUGUGAACCCCCUGAGCUCUUACAUGGAGCACAGGUUCUUCUUCCCUAAACUCCUGGAGCAGUGCAGUCAAGGUGUUGUCAGUAAUGUCGUGUUCACUGGCCUGACGGAACAGAAGCACCCUCUCCUUCAGCAUGUUCAGCAGCUGGUCCGAUCGGCCAAUCCCAACACUGCAUUCAUCCUGGCUGACAGAGGAGCAGUCACAAGGACUGCGGACAUGAGAUUUAUUCUCUCUGAGAACAGCUUUUCCGAGGCUCAUAUGAUAAGAGCACGAUACCUGCUGUACCCAGGAUGGGCUGGAGGCAAGUUUGCGUGCGGCUCUGCGUCUCUCUCCAUCGCUCAGAUUCGCCUGCAGUUUAGCCAACCGCUAGAGAGAAGCCUGUUCUUGCUCCAUUGCAAAGCACUGAAGUCCUCUCUGAAAACCAAUCCAUUCAAGGGGAACAUCUACCAUCUCCAGGGAACCGUGCGCUUCUCUGACUCCAGUAAGCUGAUGGAGGUGUGCUUAAACACUCUGACUGGGAACCUGACUCUGGUGGAAAAGGCCCCCAGCGGUGACUCUCCCUGCCCCCCCUCUGCCCUGCUCUUCCACGGGGUCGGGCUCGCAGAGGACGGCCUGAAGGACUGGCUCCGGCUCUGUGCCAAGCAGAAACUGAUGAAGAAGGUGAGGAAGACCCACAAGAGUCUGAGCCCACAGGAGCUGAGGAUCAUCCAUGUGAGCCGCCACCUGGACCCUCUGCCUCCCGGACACUUCUACAAUGGCCGUCAGUACGUCAGCUUCUUUGGAGAGAAGUCCACCCUCCACCCUUCGAUGGAGCAGUUCAUAGAAGAGUAUCUGCAGGAGGCCAAUAAGGAGAUUGAGCGCUUUAACCGCGAGCUGGAGCUGAAGGACCAGAGGGACCUCUUCGACCCCUAGGCAGAGGCAGCCCCUCCAUCCCUCCGUCCCUCCUCAUCCGGUCGUUCUCUCCAUCCUCCACUGCACUCUUUUGUUCUCCCCGUCCGUGCCGGUUACUCGUUAUACACUGCCACAUUAAUCCCUCCGUCGUUUAUAAAAGGGAAAUGGCUCCCCUCUGGUUUUUUGAUGGGGUGGUGGGGGAGGGGGGUUGGAAUGGAUAGUAAGGGGAAGCUAGGGGGUCGUUCCCACGGAAACUAACCAGGCACAUAGCCAUGGCAACAGGAACAUACGGACGAGAGAUCCUGACCAAAACCAACUUCUGUCUCAAGCGAGGACCUCUGUAUGUGUCCGAGUUUGUUUGUUCUGUCUGUGAGUGCGUGUGUGUGUGUUUGUCCUGAGUUGAACUGCUCUGUGCAAGGUGAGGCGUUGAAUAGAGACUGGUGUGCACUCAGGUCCCUGUGUUGUGUGUGAUAUCUUGUGUGAGUGUGUGUGAGAGAGAAAGAGAUAGAGAGAGGUGGAGGGAGGGAGAGAAAGAUGGGGUGUUUAUGCCAGGGGCUAAUUAAAGAGAGUAUUUUAGGCCUGGCGGGCUCUGCUCUCACCCCCACGGGCUUUUCCCUAGAACAGCCCCCCCUGGUGACACCCGAUACACACCACACCUGUCUGUUGGACCAAACAACACACACACAUACACAUGCACGCACACACACACGCAUAUACACACACACACACACAUAACUGCACAUGUACACAAAGCAACUGAAAAAGUCUCUGGUCCCUGAGACUAGUCCCUGUCUGUAAAUACUUGAAUAGAAAAAGGCUCUUUCUGUCAAUCAAACACAGAAUAGGAGACAGAAACGGACCGAAGUGGACUCCGUGUACAGUGUGACACAGGGAAAGGUGUGUGUUUGUGUGACAGAGGUGAUGUUGGUACCCGCAGUUCAGGUGAGGAUCUCUCGUCUGACAAAGUGUGUGUGUCUUUAAUGCAAAGUGUGUGUGUCUUUAAUGCAAACGCACAUACACACAAUCCUAAUGUCCCCACACCCCCAAUACACAUCAAACACUAGAUGGGAAUAGUCACUGUUUGGGGUGGGUCUCAGUUCAAUCUUGGGUUAGUCUGUCUGACCCGACUGACUGGGUUGGGGGGUUGGGAGGGGGGGUGUUGGUGCUGGUGUUAGUUGACGGGCAGGGGGUGGUGUAGGGGCUCCCUGUCGUUAAGGGUGUGGGUGGGAGGUUAGGUGGAGUGUGGCAUAGAGGUGUUAGACGUUGUAUCUGUAGGACAGCGCGCGUGUGUGUGUGUGUCCCUGUAGAGCAGCGUCCUUGUAUGCGCACGUGUUCUGUACUGUGCAGUCCAGUGCUGCGGUAGAGGCAACUCUCACAAGAGCCGUCAGUAGGCUGAAUCUCUAUGCAUGUUUCCUCUUUACUAAGAACCUUUACACAGCAGGGGGUUAGCAGUGUCAUACACACACAAUUGCACACACACAAUUUUAGAAAUUCUUAAAUGACCUUAAGUGCCAAGCUGUUUGUCGCAAUUGCCUUUGUUGGUGAAUCGGAUGACAAAAGGCAACUUGAUUUUGUGUUUGGGAGCCACGCAGAUACACACAUGUGUAUACGCACGCACACACACACACAUAUUCCCAAAGACUUUGGACACUGCUGGUCCCCUCUGUACCAGUGUAAGCGGCAUGCGUCAGUGUGUACGCGCCGCGUGGGUUAGCAUUCUUCUUUUUAAGCCAUACGCAGUCGCGCUGAUUGACCGUUGUUAUGGAAAUGUGUUAUGUGGUAGGUGUGUCACUGUUUCCACGGUGAUACGUCAUUCUGUCUGCUCGUUGACGGACUUGAGUGAGCGAGCAGGCGCUUGACCCAGAGACUUAGCAGGCCUUUUAAGGACCCGAAUACCUUCACACACUCCCAAACUCGGUGUGUGUGUGAGUGUUUGUUAGUGUAUGAUGAAUUUGCUUGGCUGGUCUUAGGUGUGUGUGUGUGUACGUACAUGUAGCUAGUGUGAUUCUUCAGCGGUCAUCUGUCAACACUGACCCUAAUAUACACUCACACAGAGACACUCGCACAACGCUCUCAAGAUUACGCCGCUUGCUGAGUUGUGUACGGCAGUUGUGCUCCGAGUGGGGUUGCACAAUACCCAUGAGUCGCACACACGUGCCCACACACACACACACACACACACACACACCACACACACAAGCACACGUACAACAACCACUCAUAUACCCUGCUGUUGCUUGAGUCUCAGUCAUACACGGCCUUGAGUAUAGAUGGUUUGUGUGUGUGAGUGUCCCACAGGACUAUGUGAUCUAACUUUAGCUCUCCUUAAAGGCCUGGCUCGUGUCUAACCCUUACAUAAUAUUUAGUUCUAAGUAGCAGUAAUUAUUAGCACAUACUAUCUGCAUGUGUUAAGAUGGCUUACCAAGGUGUAUUUAUGCUGACACUAUUGCCUUUCACCACACUGGUACUACGAUGAAACAAAAACUAGAGAAGAUUCUGAAUUUAUUUUGCAUAUCUGAUGAGAAAUUUGAAUUACCUCGAACCAAAUAUAUAUUGAAAAAUGAGAUAUUUUUUUAUAAUGCUGUGAAUCAAAAAGCCGAAAUCAAUUUGAGACGGGGAAUCUCGGAAUCUCAGUGUUUUUUGGGCUAAAACAAAAAUGGCAGAAAAGGAAAACUUGAAUCUUUUUUCUUUCCUUAAAUUUUUGUAAAUAGUUUGGCUGCUUUUGUAUACAUAGGAGCUCCAGCAUUGGUGAAAGGCUUACGCUACAAAGUAUAGCAUUAUGGGUAGUGGGGAGAGCACUGGAGGGCCACAGAAGAGAAGAAAAACAAAAAGGAAGAAAAAUGAACGAGAAUGAGGGAAAAACACAAAUAAAAUAAAAAAGAUAAAACUCAGGUACAGGACGAUUUGAUCGGUUGUUGAAGUAGCUGUUUUUCCUCCAAUGGGGCUCCACUCUGCCUUUAAAAUAACAGGCAGGGUGGUGGCUGGCUGUUUGGCUCUGGGAGGACCCCUCCAUUUAUUGCACAGAGAGGGGCCCCCAGCGAUUCGUGAGGCCCUCCAGAGGCUGCCCCUGCAUAUGCCCACAUUUACACGCAGACGUUCUUCAUUCCCGUCUGUGUACGCGUGCGAGUAUUUUUCUCUCCGUCCGAAGAGCUGAGGUUAGAGGACCUAAACAGAGUUUGGUGUUUAAAGGAAACAAUUGUUUGGGGUUUUUGUUAUAAAAAUAAAGAAUUUAAAAUCGAUGCGGUUUGUAACGUUGUAAAACAAACCAUAUUUUGCAGGUUUUAGUGCUUGGUGGAGUUCACACUAAAGAGGGCAUUCUCUCUCCUCUUUGUCACCCAAUUAGAGCACUUUUUUCCUCUCAUUUCAGGGCUGUAGAGGACCUAUCUCCCAAUUGAGACUGAAGAAGGCUUGUUCCCACAUGAGUUAGAAAUUACAAGUGCAAGUGUGCGAUGGUGUGUGCACAAAAAGGCUAGCUAUUACCUACCGUCCAGGACAAAACUACUUAAUUGUAUUGCCAGGCGCACAAGUAACAUUUCCCCUCCCAACUGUCAUAUUCACUGAACGAUUUUGGCAUGUGUGUCACAUGUUUCAGAUGUGUGUGUUUCAGUUAUCUGACAAAGAUAACCUGUUGAGAUGACCUGUCAUGAGUGCGGGACAAAGAAAGGCUUUGUGGAUAUGGUUAAAACCCAUAGCCUUUUUCCCCCCUCAUGCUAAAGCACUCAGUGUGUCUGGCUGUUAAUGGUGUUCUGGCAUCUGUGUCUUUAUGUAACCCCCCCCCCUACAGUCGGUGGCUGUGUCAUGGGCAUGUUGUCUGAGCCAGACUUCUAUGCCUAACCUCUGCAGGGGGUAAGUACCGUGUAUUGUAUGGGCUCCUGUCGGACAAUGUGCCCUCACACAGUUUGGUGUGUGGGGUGAGCGAUGAUGGUCCUGCGUGGACAUCCAAACAUAAACACACCGAUGCGAGGAACACUUAGUGGGAAUAAAGAAAUAAGCUCAUUCACCUGGCAAUGCCCUGACCUGACGGACAACACACAUACUUACAUUCACACACACAUACACACUUGCACAUAAUGUAAAGUUUAAGGGGGGUGGGGUUGUAAAAUGUGAAAGGGCUAUUGUCUUCUCUCUGCUCCCCAGUAAUCUGCUGCUCUUGAAGUUUCAAACAUAAAAAGGGUUGUUUUAUUUUUUUAUUUGUUUGAUUAUCCUGUGUUUAUUGUCAUUCUUUGUUUGAUUGUUUUGUGGGAACAAGCCAAAUCAUCCAGGGAUAGUCUCCUCUCCUUGUUUUUUUAUUAUUUAAUUUUUUUGUUUUAUUUUAUUUUCAAUCAGAGCUUAAGGUUUUGCUCACAAGUGUUGUCCUCAUAGGUUAACAGGGCCACACUUCUGCAUUCCUGAAUCCCAUUCACUUUACCUCGCAAAAUGCUUAAGAUUCACAAUCCUGGUUUCUACAAGCAACAAGAAGAAAGAGGGAAAGACAAAUCAAUAUAUGAUUUCAGAAUGUUUUACUUGAAAGUGCCAACAGUGUUUGAUUUCAAACUGUUCAAUAGUUGGUUUGUGUUCAGUUCAUUUUUGUUUUUGUUCUAGGGUGAUAUUCACUUCAAGCAAACUAAAGUAAAUUGACUGCGUGGUGUUUUGCACAGAUUUACUGUAAUUCUGUUUUCCUCCUGUGACUGAAGCUUUUGAUACUCUCAUCUAACUGUUGUCUCAACCAGCCUCAGAAAUCCAUUAAAUAUUUAUAUGCUUGAUGAA